UUGACAAGUGACAGAUACAAUUCCUAUUUUGAUAAUUUGAUAACCCACAGCAAGGCGAAGUGUCGUCAUCAAAAUACAAGCAAAUAAUACAAUCAAAAUUAGAAAAACAAGAAAUUGGCGUAUAUUUAAUAAGCUAUAUCCUGCUUUGCAUUAUUUGUCAAGUUAAACUUGUGACAGGAAUUCGUUUUUGAGGUUAAGUUUCAAGCAAGAAUUUGUGUUAUUCCGUCGAAAUUGAGGUAAAACAUGUCGAUACUGGAAUAUUUCGACAAGUCACCAACUCAUGAAUCUUUCUCUAUAAAUGUCCCGUUGACACCCUUUAACUGUGAAAGAAACACCAUCGAGAUAUAUUUCUGCAAAGACUGCAACUUCCAGGCAGAACUCACGGUUCUUUUGAAUCAACACGUCAGAAAAUAUCAUGGUAUUAAAAAAGAAAACGAUUUGGAUUCGCCAGUUCCCGAAUAUAGUAUACAAAAAUACGAGUGUGACAAGUGUAAGUUUGAGACACACUUUUCCAUGAAGUGGCUCCAACACACCUUGGCAUGUUUACAAAAUCAGAAAAACGCUUCUAAAUGUAAAAAACGAACCACGAAGAGCGCGUUUACGUGGUAUACAUGUUCCCAGUGCGACUUCAAAUCCAAGCACAAACGUUCCGUGAAGAUGCACAACAUCUCAAAACACUUGAACGACGACGAAACAACUUGGUAUCACUGUUCCCAGUGUCCAUAUAAAGCUAAACGUAAAAUAUACUUAAAAAGUCACAUAAUCACGAAACACUUAGGCGACGAGGAAAUCAAAUGGUACGAAUGCCAAUAUUGCCCCUACAAAAGCAAGUGUAGUUCGUAUUUAAAAAGUCACAUAAAAGUACACCACUCGGACGAAUGGUACGAAUGCACGAUGUGCCCCUACAAAGCCAAAGUCAAAGCCCGCUUAUCCUAUCACAUAACUUCAUGCCACGUGGAUGAAGAAAAUAUCAAAUGGUAUGAAUGCAAACAGUGUCCGUUUAAAACCAAACAAAACCGCUACUUAAAAAACCACAUCAACACCAAACACCAAGAAGACAUUAAAUGGCAUGAAUGCCAACAAUGCACCUACAAAGCUAAAAGUAACUCGCGUUUAAAAGACCACAUAAUGGCGCUUCAUUUAGACGAGAAAGACAUCAAGUGGUACAAAUGCUUGCAAUGUCCGUACAAAACUAAAUACAGUUCUUCGUUGAAAGUCCACAUAAACACGCGCCAUUUGGACGAAAAGGACGUGAAAUGGUAUGAGUGCAAGCUGUGUCCGUAUAAAGGCAAACAGGCGUCGACUUUACGAAGCCACAUAAAGGUGCACCAUUUGGAUGAAAAGGACAUUAAAUGGUCCGAGUGCAUGUAUUGUUCAUAUAAGGCUAAACAACUGAUUGAUUUGAAAAGACACAUCAACGCGCAACACUUGGACGAGAAGGACGUUAAGUGGUAUGAAUGCAAACAGUGUUCUUAUAAAGCUAAACACGGGUCUACUUUGCGAAGUCACGUGAGGGUGCACCAUUUGGAUGAGAAAGAUAUUAAAUGGUACGAGUGCCAAUAUUGUUCGUAUAGGACGAAACAAACUGCUAAUUUGAAAAGGCACGUGAAUGCGAAGCAUUUGGAUAAAAUGGAUAUUAGUUGGUUUGAUGCGACAAUGACGGUGUAAAGUUGCACUUAGUUGGUGUAAUAUUUUAAAGCAAACAAUAAAUUAUAUUAAUUAGUAAUAAA